GGUCCCUGGAGCACGCGCGCGCGUGCGCGCGCCGCCGCCAUUUUGGAGCGAUCUAGCCCGCGGCCCCGAGCCGGUCCCGAGCGGGUCUCGAGCCUCCCGCCCGCUGCUCCCGAGUCUGAAGGCGCCGCGCUGCGGGGCCGGGCCCAUGUGCGUGCGGCCCGCUCCAGGCCGUCCGCGCUUCACCUCCGCGAGCGUCCUGGCCUCCCUCGGGCCUCGGAGGAGCCGCCGCGACCCCCAGCCUGCGGGGCAGGUAAACGAGCCAAAAUUCUUUCCUGAAUGAAAACAUCUUUUUUUAAAGUUGCAUAUACACAAAAGAAAAACGCCAAAUGGUUUUUAUUUUGUCUGAAUAUAAGGUUUAAACAAGGUACUGCCAUAGAAGUCUCUACCGCAGAACGUUCUGUUGGACUCUUUCAUGGAACUGUAGGAUCAUAUGGGCAGCCCUUGUGUUUGAACCGUACCCUCUGUCUUCCGAUUCUGUCACCCUGGGAAAGAAAGAAGCAGAACCUGAGGCUCCUUUCAUUCACUCAUUGCUGGGAUCAAUGUCCAGGGCCAAGGCAGUUUUAUUUGUAUGGAUUUCUGUUCACUGCUGCAGUAUAGAGGUUGCAGAAUCCCUUAAGCUUUGUGGCCAUCAUGUUCUGGAAAUUUGACUUGAAUACCACGUCCCACGUUGACAAGCUCCUCGACAAGGAACAUGUGACCCUGCAGGAGUUAAUGGACGAAGAUGACAUCCUGCAAGAGUGUAAGGCUCAGAACCAGAAGUUACUGGACUUCCUGUGCCGGCAGCAGUGUAUGGAGGAGCUAGUGAGCCUCAUCACACAGGACCCACCCCUGGACAUGGAAGAGAAGGUCCGAUUCAAAUAUCCAAACACAGCCUGUGAGCUUCUGACUUGUGAUGUGCCGCAGAUCAGCGACAGGCUAGGCGAGGACGAGAGUCUGCUGAACCUUCUGUAUGACUUCCUGGACCAGGAGCCACCACUCAACCCUCUGCUUGCCAGUUUCUUCAGCAAGACCAUUGGCAAUCUUAUCGCAAGGAAGACUGAACAGGUGAUCAUGUUUUUGAAGAAGAAGGACAAGUUCAUCAGCCUGAUGCUGAAGCACAUAGGCACCUCAGCUCUCAUGGACCUGCUGCUGCACCUGGUCAGCUGUGUGGAACCAGUUGGUCUCCGGCAGGAGGUCCUACAUUGGCUUAAUGAAGAGAAAAUCAUCCAGAGGCUUGUGGAAUUGAUCCAUCCCCACCAGGAUGAAGAUAGGCAGUCAAAUGCUUCUCAGGCACUCUGUGACAUCAUCAGGCUGGGCAGAGACCAGGGCAGUCAGCUGCAGGAGGCUGUGGAGCCAGACCCCCUCCUCGUAGCAUUGGAGUCGCAGGACUGUGUGGAGCAGCUUCUGAAGAACAUGUUUGAUGGGGAUCAGACGGAGAGCUGCCUGGUCAGUGGGAUGCAGGUGCUGCUUGCCUUGCUGGAGCCAAGGCGUGUUGGAACAGAAGGCUUGGUGGACUCCUUUUCUCAGGGACUGGAAAGGCCAUACUCUGUCAGCAGCAGCAUCCUGCAGGGCAUCGAGCCAUGGCUGAAGAAUUUCCAUCAGCUCCUGCUCAACCCGCCAAAGAAAAAAGCAAUCCUGACCACUAUUGGUGUGCUAGAGGAGCCCCUGGGGAAUGCCCGUCUUCAUGGUGCACGCCUCAUGGCUGCACUGCUGCACACAAACACGCCCAGCAUCAACCAGGAACUCUGCCGUCUCAACACCAUGGACUUACUGCUGGACUUGUUUUUUAAGUACACCUGGAAUAACUUUUUGCACUUCCAAGUGGAACUAUGCAUAGCCGCUAUUCUUUCCCACGCUGCUCGGGAGGAGCAGGCAGAAGCCAGUGGAUCGGAUGGCAAGGCGGAGCCUCUGCGGGGGAGUGGAGAUGGGAAUGAGAAGCUGGAGACCCCUCCAUCCAGCCAUCCUUCAUCCAGCCUUCCUGAGAACAUGAUGGUGACCCAUCUGUUCCAGAAGUGCUGCCUGGUACAGAGGAUCCUGGAAGCCUGGGAAGCCAACGACCACACACAGGCGGCAGGUGGUAUGAGACGUGGGAACAUGGGCCACCUCACGCGGAUUGCCAAUGCAGUCGUGCAGAACCUGGAGCAGGGCCCGGUGCAGACCCACAUCAGUGAGGUCAUCCGAGGGCUCCCUGCAGAUUGUCGUGGGCGCUGGGAGAGCUUUGUGGAAGAGACGCUGAUGGAGACCAACCGGAGGAACACUGUGGACCUGGUGAGCACUCACCACCUUCACUCCUCAAGUGAGGACGAGGACAUUGAGGGUACUUUCCCUAACGAGCUGUCCCUUCAGCAGGCCUUCUCUGAGUACCAGAUCCAGCAGAUGACAGCCAACUUUGUGGAUCAGUUUGGCUUCAAUGAUGAGGAAUUUGCAGACCAGGAUGACAACAUCAAUGCCCCAUUUGACCGGAUUGCAGAGAUCAACUUCAACAUUGAAGCGGAUGAGGACAGUCCCAGUGCAGCUCUGUUUGAAGCCUGUUGUAGUGAUCGAAUCCAGCCCUUCGAUGAUGAUGAAGAGGAGGACAUCUGGGAGGAUGAGGAGACUCGAUGCACUGCCCGGGUGAUGGCCAGAGCCAGGUUUGGAGCCCCGCAUGUCUCAGAAAAUUACUCAAAGAAUGCCUUGGAUCAUGGAGGCCAGAACAGGAAGGCUGGCUCAGCAGCAGCUAAGAAUAUGCCUGGAUUAGCCACCCCUUCACCUACACAGAAAGAAGGUCCUCGCUCAGAGAGUGAUUCAGCAGGUACUACAUGGACAGCAGUUUUUGAUGAGCCAGUGAACCUAACGUCUGCAGCCCCAGCAGCUGCAAGGGAUGUGGGUUCUAGUGUAUGGGCAGCUGGUCCCUCCGCUCCAGAGGAAAAAGGCUGGGCCAAAUUUACCGACUUCCAGCCUUUCUGCUGCUCUGAGUCAGGGCCCCGGUGCAGCUCUCCUGUGGAUGUGGAGCACAGCCCUGCUGUGGGUGGCCAGAGUCCAGGCACAGAGAAAGCCUUUGGUCCUACCUCGCCUUGUGCCUGGAACGUGUGUGUCACCAGGAAGGCCCCACUGGUAGCCUCCGACAGCAGCUCCUCUGGGGGAUCUGACAGCGAAGAUGAUGAGAAGGCAGCGGCGGGCAAUGUAGAAGCUGUGUGCACAGGUCAUGGUGGAAAGCCCUCCCCACUACCCAGGACAGAGGAGGCUGCUGCUGGCAGGGCUGAGGGUAACGACAGCACCGUGUUAGCCCCUGCCUGCUCUGCAUCUUCAGAAGUGACCGUCAGUACCGCUGUGGCCACCACAGCGCCAAGCAAGGCAGGCCCUCCCACAGCCACCGUAGUCUCUUCUUCAGUGGCUAUUGCAGUCCCCCCAGGGCCAAUCAUGGCAGUAACCACAGCAGCCCCAGCCAUAGUUGCCACCUUGGGGACAAUGACAAAAGACAGGAAGACAGAUACCCUGCCAGAAGGAGCUGCCUUAAAUGGUCCUGUGUAACUGCUGCCGCCCAGCUAUGGCCCGCCCUGGUCAGGCUGCUUCCUUAAUCAAGAAAACUACCUGGUGAUGCAAAUUUUUUUAAUUUAACUUUAAAAUAAAUGCUGCAUUUGGUAAAGAUGGCAGUGGAACCAGUUGGAUGACCCAACUCCUGUCUCUCCUGCCUGCCUGCCCUUGGUCCCGUUGGAAGACAGGACAGCCCUGGUCACUGCCGGGUCCAGGUCUCGGUGUGGCAGUGAGGCGCCUGAUGUGCAGUUUGCACCUGCAGGAGUUGGGGAGGGAACAAGAUCCUGGGGUGCCAUCAGAUGGGCAGGGAGGGCGAGACCUCCAGGCUCUGGUUUCACUUGUUUGACGCAUGGAGGAAAAGCCGUUUUUUUGCACUUUGUACCCAGCUACAGUACAGGGUCUCCCUUGGCUCAAGGCAGAUGAGAAGGCCUGAGCUGGAGAGACCUGAUCCCCACAAAAGCAUGGGGGUCUGGCACUAGUUUGGCCACAUGAGGUCAAAACAGUUCUAGCUGCCCAGGGGGUCCUGGGAGCUGGCAUUGAAUCAGGCUGCAAAUUUUGACUGCCUUAAAAACAAAAGACCCUCUGGACCUGAUGGAGUUGUCUCUGCUCAGCAGGGCAGACUGGACACUUGGUUGGGUGGUUGGAGGUGCCUGGUAGUAACCAACAUCAGACAUGUGAGAGUGGACACAGCAGGGCAUGAGGAGGCUCAGAUACAGUGCGGGCCCAUAUUGUCCAGGAAGAGUCUAAAAAGUCUGUUGUCUUUUUUUUUUUUUUUUUUUUUUAAAUGUUCUGACCUUCUGACAGGGCAUCCAACCCCCAAUAAAACGUAUCAUUCUUACUGAA